UUUAACUCGUGUAUCGUAUAAUUUGGGAUAUAUGUGAUUAACCGCGAUCUUCUGAAACGAAUGGACGCGGGAAUGAUGCCUCUCCGUGUCGGGAUUUCCUUUCUGUGUCUCUUUGUAGCAGUGAUGAGCUCUGUGAUACAUACCAGCAUCUCCCUGACUCAUUACGGAGACGCCUUGGUAAAGACGAGGGCUCGGCGUGAUGACGCCAGGUUCCUCGGAAGAGAGAACACGGUCCCGGUCCGGUUAGUUUACCGAAUGGACGAAGACAGUCAGGCCGGUCAUGAUGUUCUCAACACACGGGUCCGAAUAAGCUCUGACGCUAAACAGAACCACAUGGCUCAGGCUAGCUUCCAGGUGCAGGCCUUUGGACAGACCUUCAUUUUAGACGUGGAACUGAACCAUGAUCUUCUAUCAUCAAAUUACAUUGAGAGGCACAUAACAAAAGAGGGGAAGUCAGUUGUCAACAAAGGUGGAGAACACUGUUACUACCAUGGGAAAGUACGUGAUAUUCCAAAGUCAUAUGUGGCGCUUUCAACUUGCCAUGGAUUACAUGGAAUGUUCUUUGAUGGGAACCACACAUACAUGAUUGAACCAGGAGGAGAGAAUACUACAAGUGAGGAGGUUGAUGUGCACAUGAUUUAUCAGUCUCCUGGUUUGGACCUCCCAGAGGACAUCAUUUCUGCAGAUCACCUGGCAAAGACACUGUUCCAGAACCCUCCACUGUCUAGUGCCUCCCACAGGAGGAAAAAGAGACAGAUAUCGCGAAAUCCACGGAGUGUUUCAGAUGAGACCAAAUAUAUAGAGCUGAUGGUCAUAAAUGAUCAUUUAAUGUACAAGAAACAUCGUCUUUCCGUUGGACAAACGAAUAACUACGCCAAAUCUGUUGUAAAUAUGGCUGAUCUGUACUUCAAAGAGCAACUCAACACUAAAAUCGUCUUGGUUGCGAUGGAAACAUGGGCUGCAGACAACAGAUUUAACAUCAACGACGAUCCCAUGGUGACAUUACGAGAGUUUAUGAAGUACCGAAGAGACUUUAUUAAAGAAAAGUGUGACUCCGUUCACCUUUUCUCGGGAAACCGCUUCCAUAGCAACUGGGGAGGAGCCUCAUAUAUGGGCGGAGUCUGUUCACUCACAAAAGGAGGCGGAGUCAAUGAGUAUGGAAAGACUGAAGAAAUGGCCAUAACUCUCGCCCAGUCACUAGGACAAAAUAUCGGCAUCUUUUCUGAUAAGAAACGCAUUUUAAAUGGGGAGUGCAAGUGUGAAGAUAAAUGGUCUGGCUGUAUAAUGGAUGAUGUUGGCUUCUACUUACCCAAGAGAUUUUCUGACUGUAACGUGGAAGAGUAUCAUGAUUUCCUGAACAGUGGAGGUGGUGCGUGUCUCUUCAACAAACCUUCAAAGCUCUUGGAUCCUCCAGAGUGUGGAAACGGUUUUGUGGAGGCAGGAGAGGAGUGCGACUGUGGAAACCCAGCUGAGUGUGCUAGAGAAGGGGAGAACUGCUGCAAGAAAUGUAUGUUGACUCAAGGAGCCAAAUGCAGUGAUGGUCUCUGUUGUAAGAACUGUCAGCUGGAGUUUAUGGGUGUGCUUUGUCGUGACGCUGUCAAUGAUUGUGACAUACCUGAAAUGUGCACUGGUAACUCCAGCCAGUGUCCUCCAAACCUACACAAGAUGGAUGGGUAUACAUGUGAGAAAGACCAAGGAAGAUGUUUCAAUGGCAGGUGCAAAACCAAGGACAGACAGUGUAAAUACAUCUGGGGAGAAAAAGCAACAUCGGCUGAUAAGUUUUGCUAUGAGAAACUCAACAUGGAGGGCACAGAGAAGGGCAACUGUGGACGUGACAGAGACACCUGGAUUCAGUGCAAAAAACAGGAUGUACACUGUGGAUACCUGCUGUGCUCCAACAUUUCUCCUGCACCCAGACUAGGAGAGUUACAUGGAGGUUUGACUUCUUUCUCCGUGGCCCAGCACAGCGCCUCACUGGACUGCAGUGGAGGCCAUGUGCUGAUUGAUGGUGACAUUGAUUUGGGAUACAUAGAGGAUGGAACGGCGUGUGGGACGGAUCGCAUCUGCUUUAAUCACAAAUGCCUCCCAGUGCAGGAAUUCAACUUCAGCACUUGCCCCGGCACCAACGAAAGGGUGAUCUGCUCCGGACAUGGGGUGUGCAGUAAUGAACUCAGGUGUGUGUGUGACCUGGGCUGGGCAGGUGAGGACUGUAACUCCACCUCUCCUCUGAGUUACUUACUGGUGCGACCCACAGCCAAAACACCAGGCAUCAUCACUACUAACAUCAUCAUCGGGGCAAUUGCAGGCUCUAUCCUGGUCCUUGCACUGAUUCUUGGCAUUUCUGCAUUGGGAUACAAGAGCUACAGACAGCGUCAGUAUGUGGAGUCAGAAGUACACAGAAGAUUCUGUCGUCAAAUGCCUGCUGGUGAUUACGUGAAGAAGCCUGGAGAUGCUGAUUCUCUGUACAGUGACAUGCCGCAGGGCGUGAGCUCAAACUCUGGCAGCAGCUCCAAGAAGAGGUCUGCCUACCUGUCUCACCUACAGAUCAACACCCGCUCUUUCACCGCCUCUAUCCCUUCCAUCAGCCAAAACAUCUCUCUGUUCGGGUUCAGAUCUAAUGGUCUGUCUCACUCCUGGAGUGAAAGAAUCCCAGAUGCCAAGCACAUCUCUGACGUCUGUGAAAAUGGACGACCCAGGAGCAACUCGUGGCAAGGAAACAUCACAGGUACCCGUAAGAAGCUCAAGGGAAAGAAGUUCCGUCCGCGCUCCAACUCUACAGAGACAUUGUCACCCGCCAAAUCGCCCACUUCUUCAACGGGAUCCAUUGCCUCCAGCCGGAGAUACCCCUACCCCAUGCCUCCCCUUCCAGAUGAGGAAAGAAAGGCCAACAGACAGAGUGCCAGGCUGUGGGAAACAUCAAUAUAAAAGAACUCCUCGAAAAUGGUCUGCAAACUCCGUAAAAAGAUUUUCCUCCACUUUUGUAUGAAUGAGAAAAUGAAAUAAGAAAAUAAGGAAUUCAAAUGGAGAAACAAGGGACAAGUGAAUGGAAGAAUUGGGCGUGGUCUUCUCUGAUCUCUGUUCAGCAUUUUCGGUAUGGAGCCAUCCCACCCUUGACAUUGAGGAACAUGGUAUCAGAUUCCCAUUCCUGCUGUCAUUCAUAAACAGGACUCAGGAAUACAAUUUCAUCACAGGACAGUCCCGGAAUGGCAGCCGUGCUAAGCAGAAACAGAUACAACAGCAGCCACUUGUGCCCUGGAUAAACCCCGCCCCCUCUUGUGACCCCACACAUGCCCAGUCCCGCCUCCAAACACAUGCUGUCUUGUGAUUGGUGCCCUUGUUGCCCGGUUCCAAGAAGCUCAUGCAGGAGCAGGAAGUUAACUAUUGUUUUGAACGCACGCUGUCACUGUAGAACCUACUGCUGCAUGCAUG